UGACACCCCUGUUUAAAUGACUGCUGUGAUCAAAGUUGUGGGAUAUUUUGAGAGAACGGAUACACCUUGAAAAAUGCGGGAGCGGGGCCCUUGUAUGUGCGGAGUCGGUGUGUGGAGUCUACUGCUGUCACUUUGUCUGGCCUCCCUCACUCAUGCACACAGGAGUCACACAGUGCAUGUGAAGGCAGGGACGUGUGAGGUGAUCGCCGCCCAUCGCUGCUGCAACAAGAACAAGAUUGAGGAGCGAUCUCAAACCGUCAAAUGUUCCUGCUUCCCCGGACAAGUUGCUGGCACCACUCGGGCCAUGCCCUCUUGUGUUGAUGCCUCAAUUGUUGCCCAGAAGUGGUGGUGUCAGAUGGAGCCAUGUAUGGAAGGUGAGGAGUGUAAGGUUCUUCCAGACCUCACAGGAUGGAGCUGCAGCACCGGCAACAAAGUCAAGACGACCAAGGUGACCCGAUAGUUCAAGAAGACAAGUUUGUGGCGGCUGGAAUGAUUUUGCCACACAUGUACCUGCGGACGCGGUGAAAAUUUACUCUGAUGGACUUGAGCAAAGAUUUUGUUGAAUUUCACUGAGGACAUCCGAGGAAUGACGGCUGAAAAGCCAGGACUUUUAUGUCGCCCAACUGACCCAAACUUGUGUCUCGGUGCUUGGCUGCACAGGACUGCGGAAAACAACAUCCUUCACUGGAAAAAAGCAACGUCUUAACUGAAAACUACGGGGCAAAAGACAUUUUCCCUCCAGCGAACUGCAUUAUUCGAACCUGUUCUAUGACUUAGUGGUGUUCCGUAUAUACAAGGGCAGUUAUUGGACUUUAGAAAGAAAACUUUCAUAU